CGGUUCCUCAUCAACGCCGGCCACCGCAGUCCAGUCGCAGUGCUGACGACGUCGAUUGCUGGCUUCGCCAUCCAUCUUCCCAGCGCACUUGGUGGGCCGUGGUCAGCAUCGUCCGUCUCUAUUAUCUCAUCGGCAGCUCAUCACUGUCCUCAAGUACUCACAAUUCAUUGCGCCAUGGCCUACUGUGAACGAUGCGACCGAUUCUUCGCCAGCAAUCGUGCUUUAGACCAACAUGAGGAGGACUCACCUCACCAUAACAUCUGCGAUGAUUGCAACGUGGACUUUCCGACUUGGUUAGGUCUGAAAGAGCACUACGUGCAGAGCCGGAAGCACGCCUACUGCCAGUACUGCGACGAGCACUUCCAGGAUCGCUAUGACCUCGAGGAUCACUAUAUCGAAGACCACUUCUACUGCCAAAAGUGCCGUCGCGUCUUCAUCAACGACCGCGGCUUGCAGGAGCAUUAUCGCCAGUCCGACGCUCAUCAUUACUGCGUCUCCUGCCAGCGAGACUUCCAGUCCGAAAGUAACUUGGAAUCGCAUCUAAACUCGUCCAUACACCGUCCAAGGAACGUCAUAUGCCCGUUUCGAGGCUGUGGCCAAGGCUUCGUCUCCCUCUCUGCCCUGGCGCUCCACUGCGAGUCUGGUCGCUGCCCAUCUGGUGUUGAUCGCCGCACUGUCGACCGCCUCGUACGCACCAUCGAUCGCAACAACUACAUCACGGAUCCCUCGCGGAUGAUCACCGGAGGAGAACAGGAAAGGAUCGUUCGGAAUAUCGCGACGGAACGGUCGUGGAAUGGCUAUGCUUACGAGUGCUACCUGUGCAACAGGAUGUACUCGACCCUGCGUGGACUCAACCAGCAUCUAUCGAGUUCCUACCAUUCCGAUAAGGUGUACAAGUGCCCUAUGAAGGGUUGUAGCCAUCGCUCUGCGACCGUCAGUGCUCUCUUUCAGCAUGUCGAGAGCGGGAGCUGUGGCGCCAGAAGGUUCACCGCUAUCGAGGGUGUCAUGGAUAACUUGGUCAACGGGAUGGCCCGUGCGCGGAUAACCGCUCAGUAAUGGACAAUGGGCGCGGGGUAAUCGACUAUGCCAUGGCCUGAAGCCUCUUUUGAACCACUCCUUGUACUUGUACCUUUGACUCGGAUAGAUCAUAGUCAAAAUUUACAGACUUGAAAGUGCGCCAGCGCGUUGUCG